AUGGUUAAAACAUUCAACAUGCUGGUCAACAUGCUGGUCAACAUGCUGGUCAACAUGCUUGUCAACAUGCUGGUCAACAUGCUUGUCAACAUGCUGGUCAACAUGCUGGUCAACAUGCUUGUCAACAUGCUUGUCAACAUGCUGGUCAACAUGCUUGUCAACAUGCUGGUCAACAUGCUGGUCAACAUGCUGGUCAACAUGCUGGUCAAUAAUGCUUGUCAACAUGCUGUCUUUACUUUUAACAACUACUACUCCCCCUUCACUCUGGAAACCAUUAAUAACAACUACUACUCCCCCUUCACUCUGGAAACCAUUAAUAACAACUACUACUCCCCCUUCACUCUGGAAACCAUUAAUAACAACUACUACUCCCCCUUCACUCUGGAAACCAUUAAUAACAACUACUACUCCCCCUUCACUCUGGAAACCGUUAAUAACAACUACUACUCCCCCUGCACUCUGAAAACCAUUAAUAACAACUACUACUCCCCCUUCACUCUGGAAACCAUUAAUAACAACUACUACUCCCCCUUCACUCUGGAAACCAUUAAUAACAACUACUACUCCCCCUUCACUCUGGAAACCAUUAAUAACAACUACUACUCCCCCUUCACUCUGGAAACCGUUAAUAACAACUACUACUCCCCCUUCACUCUGGAAACCGUUAAUAACAACUACUACUCCCCCUGCACUCUGAAAACCAUUAAUAACAACUACUACUCCCCCUUCACUCUGGAAACCAUUAAUAACAACUACUACUCCCCCUUCACUCUGGAAACCAUUAAUAACAACUACUACUCCCCCUUCACUCUGGAAACCAUUAAUAACAACUACUACUCCCCCUUCACAAUGGAAACCAUUAAUAACAACUACUACUCCCCCUUCACUCUGGAAACCAUUAAUAACAACUACUACUCCCCCUUCACAAUGGAAACCAUUAAUAACACCUACUACUCCCCCUUCACUCUGGAAACCAUUAAUAACACCUACUACUCCCCCUUCACUCUGAAAACCAUUAAUAACAACUACUACUCCCCCUUCACUCUGGAAACCAUUAAUAACAACUACUACUCCCCCUUCACUCUGGAAACCAUUAAUAACAACUACUACUCCCCCUUCACUCUGGAAACCAUUAAUAACAACUUCUACUCCCCCUUCACAAUGGAAACCAUUAAUAACACCUACUACUCCCCCUUCACUCUGGAAACCAUUAAUAACACCUACUACUCCCCCUUCACUCUGAAAACCAUUAAUAACAACUACUACUCCCCCUUCACUCUGAAAACCAUUAAUAACAACUACUACUCCCCUUCACUCUGGAAACCUACCGAAACUGCCCUCCUCAAGGUUGUCAACGACCUCCUCAUCUCUGCUGAUGCUGGUGCCCUCAACAUCCUUAUCCUCCUGGACCUGAGUGCUGCAUUUGACACAGUUAGUCAUGAGAUCCUCCUGGACCCAAGUGCUGCGUUUGACACAGUUAGCCAUGAGAUCCACCUCAACCUGAGUGCUGCGUACCUCACCAACUAG